AUGGAGGAUAUCGAAUCGACAGCUUCCAGCGACUCUCCCAUCCCCGCGUACACGGAGGAGUCGCUCUUCAAUCGCAUCCGGCGCCCCUUUACUGCGAUGGCACACGCGACUCGGGAUGAGCGGGCUCAUCCUGGCUCGGAAUCAGAUCAUGGCCCGCCAGAACUUCCGCCCAUCCACCCGUCCUUUGUCCUGGUUGCCAAGCCCUACCUCUUCGAGCAGACAAUCCGGGAUUGUAUCCUAGCGAUGGGGUUGGAUGCCACGCGAGAGGCGUCGCAGCGUCUACAAGGAGUGACCUGGAUUGACAAUGUGCGCAAGGCACUGCGGUUGCCGACCCGGACCUUCAAUACUGCAGUUAUUUAUUACCACCGAUACCGACUGAUUCGCCCAGAUAACGAAUAUAGCUUUACGGAUACCGCGGCCGCGGCUCUUUUCACUGCGUGCAAGAUCGAAGACACUUUGAAAAAGUCUCGCGAGAUCUUAUGCGCGGCGCACAAUCUUAAAUACCUACCCUCCGAGCAUCUUUCAGCAGACGAUCAAGCUUUUGAAGCGAGUUCUCGAGCCAUCAUUGGUCUGGAACGACUCAUGCUAGAGUGCUCUGGCUUUGAUUUCCGUACCCGACAUCCGGAGAAGACCCUGGCAAAGAUGUCAUUGCAGUACAAGGCGGACUCCAAGGUCUCUUCUCUGGCAUAUCGAAUUUCGCUAGACCUCUACCGAACAUUUUCCCCUCUCAAACAAACGACACCGACCAUGGCUCUCGCUUGCCUCGAAUUAGCAGGGCGGCUUCUUGACCAGCGAAUCGAGGAUAUCGAGUCGGGAGCGGACUACACGCAUUGGGAGACGAAUCGCACAGAAGUGAUGGAAACUCUCUUCGAUCUCCUCGAACUUUACACCGACUACCGUGGCUUAACAUCCGUUGGACCCGAAUUUCAAGCGCCUCGUUUUCUGACUGUCCGCAUCCCGCUUAACAAAGAAGCCAAUUCCCAGCGUAUCCCCCGAUUUAACAAAUGGGUCGACCGAGCUCGUCAGCAAAAUGCUUCCGCGAGCAACGGAUCCAACGAUAAACAACCUGAUACCCCACAGCGUCCUCAGCAUCCGUUAACCCCAAUUGCAGCCAACGGGGAUCGUCUCGGGGCGAGUGAACGCGGUCGCGAUGCGGCUGUACGAUUCACGAUCGAUUCCCAGUGCGCUGCAGAUGAGAAGCGACAGGUCGAGCCUUACUUCAAAGUGGAGAUGGAGGAAUAUGAGGUGGAGGUUUAG